AUGCAAGAGGACAGGAGGAUGAAGGUGAAGAAGGGUUGGCUGGCCGUGAGGGUGGGGCUCGAGGAUGACGAAGCUGGCUUUCGGAGGUUCGUGAUACCAAUAUCUUACCUCUACCAUCCCCUGUUCAAGAGGCUUCUUGAGUCGGCUCAAGAAGUUUAUGGUUUCCACUCGUCGGGGCCGCUGAAGCUGCCGUGCUCCGUCGAUGACUUCCUCCAUCUCCGGUGGCUCAUCGAGCGCGAGUCGCAGCACUCCCAUAACAACCACCACCACCAUUCCUUCUCCCUGCACUCUUGUUGA